AUGAGACUCUCCAUGCUUUCCGUCUUCUCUCUUGUCGGCGCCGGCAUGGUGUCCGCCUUUCCCCAGGAACCCAACCUCUCCGUUAAGCGCUCUGAUGCUUCGACCUGUGUCGGCCCUCUCCUGUGCUGUGGUACUCUUACCACUCCUCUCGACCCCCCUUGUUGA